AUGUCUCAAGGCAUAAUACUUAUCUUGGAUAUAGGACGAAAUGUUUCUGUUGUGGACGAAAAGGAGGAAAAAAGUUUUUUCCAAAGUGCUAGAGAAUGCGCGGCUCGGAUCAUAGAACGUAAAAUAUUGAGCCAAGGAAAAAAUCUAAUUGGGAUAAUCCUAGUGGGAUCAAAGACUACCGAUAAUAAUCUUGCAAAACAAUUUGAUGGAGCGUUCAAGCGCAUUCAGGUCUUAGACAUGGUCACUCCGACUUGGCAAAUGAUCAGACAGCUGCCGGAAAAGCCAACAGAAACCAAAGGGGACUGGUUUGAUGCGCUCAUGGUUGCAGCGGACUAUUAUAAAAAUGUGCUCUCUGGUGUCAAGUUAGAAUCCAAACAAAUCAUAUUGCUAACUAACUUCAAGAAGAAGACAUCUUUUGAUCCUGAGAAUAUUGAUGAGGUCUUAAAUGGAUUCAUAGAUGAAGGCUAUGAAGUAAAUGUCAUUGGUCCAGAUAUUGAAUCUGAAGAAUAUGAAAAAAAUGAGUCGGUACAAUUAGUGAAGCAGUUUAUUGACAGCACCGGUGGAGCAACCAGCACUAUAGAUAGCAUCAUGAAGUAUGACCUACUCUUCCAUAGAAAGAAACUUGUCAAGGGAAUGCCAUGGAAUGUCGAUCUAAGUAUUGGGCCAAAUAUAAAAAUCCCAGUGUCUGCAUACAUCAGAACCAGGGAUGAACCAGCAGUAAAAAACUGGGUUAAAUCUGUCAAAGACUCUAUCACAGGCAAGUCCAGCAAAAACGAAUCUGUUACCAAAACAAAAGAAUACAUCAAUGAAGAAACUGGCCAGGCCGUUGAUGCAGCUAAUAAAAUAACUGGUCACCACUAUGGCCAGCAGAUUAUCCCACUAGGAGAUAUUGAUAAAGGUUUAAUGUACCAGUCUGGAGUUAAAUCCUUGUCAGUGUAUGGUUUCACUUCAGCUGACAAUAUUCAAUGGCAAAACUUAAAUGGUGAUGGUUUAUCCUAUGUAUUUGGCAGGAAGGGUGAUAAGAAAGCACAAAAAGUUAUCAGAUGUCUCGUGGAAUGUCUUCAUGAACUGAAUCUUGUGUGUAUUGUGAGAAAAGUGUACAACACAAACAAUUUGCCAAAACUGAAUGUUCUUAUGCCUGUGAUAGAUACUAACAAUUAUGUAUGCCUCUCCAUGAUUGGUUUAUGUUACAAAGAAGAAAUUAAACAAAUGUCUUUUCCAACAACUAACUUAAAAAAACACAAAUGUUCAGAAGAACAAGUGAAUGCAUUCAAAGAUCUUAUCAAUGCUAUGGAUUUGACCAACGCAUAUGAUGACACAUUUGAUGACAAUGAAGCGUUCCCUGUAGCAGAGUGUGUGAGCCCCUCGGUACAGUAUGUACUGGACUGCAUUGCAUACCGAGCCUUGAACCCAGACAAACCAUUACCUAAACCUAGGGAAGAGAUAAUGACUCUAUUCAAAGUGCCUCCCUUACUAGAAGAGAAUGCCAGAAAACCUCUGGAGAAAUUGAAAACCUUAUUCACUUUGACCAAGGUAGAACAAAAGAAAAGGCAGAAUAAAAAUCUCCUAUUGGAUAAUGAUCAACUUCAAAAUCCAAACUUGCAAACUGAUGCUCCUAUCACUCCAAAUAUACCUAAAGUUCACAUGCCUACCAAGGAAGAGGUGGUGGAUGAAAUUAAAAGCAUCAGUACUAUCAACCCUAUUGAAGACUUUAAAGCUCUUCAAAGUCAGAACAAAGAUCUAUCAGAACUAACCACUGGAAUGAUCAAAGCUAUAGAGAGCUUGAUCCAUAACAAUAUUGAUGGAAAGUAUAAUAAAGCAUUGGAUGCAAUGAAACACUUGAGAAUGGAAUCGAUCAAAUUUGAUCCAACCGAUUAUAAUAACUGGAUAAAGAAAUUGAAAACUGAUUUGGUGGAAUGUGGUAAAACAGAAGUACUGAAUCAAAUUAUAGAAAAUCAAGUCAGUUUCAUUUUGAAGGCUGAGAAUAAUUUGAGCAGUUAUGACAAUGAGCACAGCCACGAAGAAAGUCAGUUGUUUGAAAAUGAUACUAUUCCUAACUCAACUGAAUUGACAAUCAGCUCUGAUGUGCUGAACAUGUUCGAUGAUUAA